CUCCGCAGCUGUCGUUCGAGGAGUCGGCGUCCGACCCCUACCUGUCCUCCAUUCUGGACGACUUCAUUAGUAUGCAACAGGAGAUGAACUUAGACCUGCCCACCAAUAUUGCCCGCAACCGCCAGACGCCUGUCCCCCAGCAGAGCGAGGACGUGAUGCUCCUGAGGAUACUCGAGGAGGUGAUAGAGCCGUCGGCGCCCAACGUGGCCACACCCACCACACCGGCCCCGCCAGUCGAUCUCAACGAGCGUAUGGCCAUCAACGCCAUCCAGAAGCAGCUGAUGAGCUUUGAGGUGACCACACCGACCACCCCUAACGCCAUGGGCUCGCCGUUCCAGUCGGUACAGCCGGCGCCCAGUUAUCAACAGAUACCGCCGCCCGCAUACACGGCCACCGGCUAUGUGCAGACAAUGAGUAACAACGGGCAACAGGGCGUACCCUCACCUCAGGCCAACUUUCAACUGCAACCCCGACCUCAAGGGCCGCGGCUAUCGAAGCCUCGGCAACAAUAUCUGCCGCAGAAUAUGCAACUG